GCGCUGCCACACCUCCAGCUAUCUCUAAUCUCCGUCGGUGGACCUCGGAGUGCAAGGCUGAAACAAAUUACAGAGCGGGGCGAGGAGGCAGCGAAAGGUGUCACUAAAAAUAACAAAACUUCGCAGGAUUCAAAGAAAGAAAGCAGAUCAAAUAAAAACAAGGAUGGUUUGACGGAGGAGGAGGGAAGCUGCGGAUUUAUCUCUCGCAGGAGUGUGAGGAGUUUCAAGGAAAGGGAGGACUUCCCCAUCGCUGCCCGCCAACAUGGUGGACCUGUUCCUAGGCCGAGUCCUUGUGGAGAACAACUCGGACCAGGACGAGCUCAACACGGAGCGCGAGAUCAUCGGGAUCCUGGAGAACCGCGUCCUGCUGCUCUUCUUCGCGUCGGCCGAGUGUGAGAAGUGCCAGAGGUUUGUGCCCGUCCUCCACAGCUUUUUCAGGAAGCUGAAAGAUCCAGCGUACAUCGAAUACCCCAAACUGCUCGCUCUCAUCUACAUCAGCUUGGACCAAUCUGGGGAGCAGCAGAAAAAAAUCCUCAAAGAGCUCCACAAAAGGACUUUGUUUUUGCCGUUUGAGGACCCGUACAAAAAGGAGCUCCAGGCCAUGUUUAAGGUGAAGGACGUCCCGGCGGUGGUGGUCCUGCGUCCCGACGGCUCCGUCCUCUCUCCGAACGCCGUGCGGGACAUCUGCCGCCUCGGCGCCGACUGCUUCCGCAACUGGCAGGAGUCGGCGGAGCUGGUGGAGAGGACCUUCAUGCUCAACGAGGCGUUCGACGACCCCAACCUGCGGAGCGCCACCGACCCCGUGAGGAGGCUCAAGUACAAGACCGAAGACGACAAGAGGAACAAGAGAUGGUGGAAGUUGUGGGUGAAGGGAAAAGAUGGAAACGACGAGGAGGAAAAAGACGAAGCAUGGGACAGGAAGAGAAAGAAUGGAGAUGGAGGAAUUUGGCGCAAGAGAUGAAAUAGUUUUUUUUAUGAUAUAGGCUAACUUUUUUUUUUUUGCUAAUUCUGUACAUCUAAAAGGAAACCACUCCUGUUGUUGCUGCUGUGACCCAACAUUGUUUUCAAGAAAUAUGAGAUUAUAGACUAUACAUUAUAUGUUUAAGAAAAAAACUAAAUGGUCCAUAUAUAUUUUAUAUAGAUAAAAC